AUUACAGGACGGGGCCAUGUUUUGCGUCGGUCAGUAAUCAGAUGUGUCAGGGUCAGCUGACGGGGAUUGUCUGCACGAAGACUCUGUGUUGUGCGACGGUGGGACGAGCCUGGGGUCACCCCUGCGAACAGUGUCCAGCACAGCCACACCCCUGCAGACGCGGCUUCAUCCCCAACCACCGCUCAGGAGCCUGUCAGGAUGUGGACGAGUGCCAGGCCAUUCCAGGACUCUGUCAGGGGGGAAACUGUGUGAACACUGUGGGCUCAUUUGAGUGCAAAUGCCCCGCCGGACACAAGUUCAACGAAAUCACACAGAAAUGUGAAGAUGUGGAUGAGUGUGUUCAUCUCCAGGGGCUGUGCAGUGGAGGUCAGUGCUCCAACACCAUCGGCAGCUACUUCUGCAGGUGUCCACCAGGAUACGACACGGCGCUGGACGGCUCUCGCUGCACCGAUGCCCGUACGGGGUCCUGCUAUGCUAACAUCGUGAGUGGGCGCUGUGCUAAUCCGCUGCAGCAGCUGAUGUCGAAGAGCCGCUGCUGCUGUGAGAACAGAGGAUGCUGGAGCGCUUCAGCCAGCAGUGUUCCAGAGAUGUGUCCCAUACGCGGAACAGAGGAGUAUCAGCGUCUCUGUCUGAUUGGUCCCUACAUUCCUGAUCCAGAUCGGCCGCUUGUGGGUCCGUUUCCACUUCCACAUCCACAUCCGGGUCCAGGUCCAGGUCCUGGUCCUGGUUAUCCUGAUCCUUACCCACAAAUCCCCAUCAUAGUGGAGCCCUAUCCAGGACAGCCGUACCCACGCGACCCUAUACCUGUGCCACCGGGCCCCGGGGACACGCCCACAAUCAGGCCAGUGGUUGUGCCACAGAAUGUCAGCAUCAGGAACAUGUGUGAGGUUUUCCGUAACCUGUGCAUCAACGGGCGCUGCGUGCCGACGCCGGGCAGUUACCGCUGCGAGUGUAACAGGGGCUUCAGGCUGGACGGCCGCGGGGAGUGCAUCGAUGAGAACGAGUGUGAGCGAAACCCAUGUGUCAACGGAGAGUGUGUGAACACACAGGGGUCCUACUAUUGCCAGUGUCCUGCAGGAUUCCAGACCACCGCCACCAGAACUGAGUGUCGAGAUCUGGAUGAGUGUGUAGCCAACGGUCGCAUCUGUAACAACGGCCGCUGUGUGAACACCGAGGGAAGUUUCCACUGCGUCUGUAACGCCGGCUUCGAGAUCUCCACCGACGGCAAGAACUGCCAAGACACUGACGAGUGUUUGAUCAGGAACAUCUGUCUGAACGGCAUGUGCAUUAAUGAGGACGGCAGCUUCAAGUGCAUCUGUAAACCAGGAUACUUGCUGGACGGCACUGGACGAUUCUGUGUGGAUGUGGAUGAGUGUGAGGUUCCAGGUAUGUGUAUGAACGGUCACUGCGUGAACACGGAGGGUUCAUUCAGGUGUGAGUGUAUGCCAGGACUCGCUGUGGGCCUCGAUGGACGCGUCUGUGUAGACACACACAUGCGCAGCACAUGUUACGGAGGAUAUAAGCGCGGUCAGUGUGUGCGGCCGCUCUUCGGUGCCGUCACCAAAUCUGAAUGCUGCUGCGCCAAUGUGGAGUACGCUUUUGGAGAACCCUGCCAACCCUGCCCACCGCUCAACUCAGCGGAGUUUUCGGCUCUCUGCAGUCACGGCAAUGGAACAACCACUGGCGGCAGAGAUAUAAACGAGUGCGCUCUGGAUCCUGAUAUCUGCCAGAACGGAGUGUGUGAGAACAUGCUGAGAACGUACAAGUGUAACUGCAACGAAGGCUUCGAGGUGGACAUCAGCGGGAAAACCUGCGUGGAUGUGGACGAGUGCUUGAUGAACAGACAGCUGUGUGAGAACGGCCUGUGCAGAAACACACCCGGCAGCUUCACCUGCCACUGCCCUACUGGAUACACCUUCCAGCCCGAGACUGAGGUGUGUGAAGACAUCGACGAGUGUUUGACCAGUCCGUGUGUGAACGGCGAGUGUAAGAACAGCGCGGGCUCGUUCGUGUGUCUCUGCUCUACAGGAAGCACACUGGACUCUUCAGGGACUCUGUGUGUGGAGACCACUAAGGGCACGUGUUGGCUGCAGGUGGUGAACGGUCAGUGUGAGAUCAACAUUAAUGGAGCGACGCUGAAGUCUCACUGCUGCUCUACACUGGGGGCCGCCUGGGGUUCACCCUGCGCCAAGUGUGAACCAG